AAUAAAAACUUUAAAAAAUCAAAACAAACUUACAGAACAACAAGCCAAAGAACUAACAAUUUACAAUUCUGAUAUACCUAAACUGUAUGGCCUACCAAAGAUACAUAAAGCAAAUAUACCAUUACGUCCAAUUGUCAGUACUUUAAACUCCACAACUUACAACCUGUCCAAAUUCUUGGGAGACAUACUUAAACAAACAUUUGAACAUGAGCCAAGUUUUAAUACAAAAGAUACAUUUUCUUUUGUAAAUUCUAUAAAUGGACUUCAGCUACCAGAUAAUUAUGUUCUGAUCUCAUUAGAUGUAGUGUCAUUGUUUACUAACAUCCCUGUUAAGUUGAUCAUUGAAAUCGUACAAGAAAAAUGGUCUAAAAUAGAACAAUUUACAUCUUUAUCCAGAAAAGACUUCCUCUCAUUGAUAACAUUUCUAUUUGAUAAUACAUAUUUUUGUUUUUAUGACAAAUUCUAUAAACAAAUAUUUGGAACUCCAAUGGGCAGUCCUAUAAGCCCAAUCCUAGCCACAAUUAUUCUAGACCAUUUAAUAGACAUUGGAAUCUCAAAAUUGCCGUUUUCACUACCAUUUAUUUAUAAAUUUGUUGAUGAUAUAAUAUGCAGUGUACCUUUUAACCACAUCCAGACAGUACAAGCAAUAUUUAAUUCACUUAAUCAAAAUAUUCAAUUCACUGUCGAAAAUGAAAAUGAAAAUAGUAUACCUUUUUUAGAUACCAAAGUUAUAAGAACAAAUGAUAACAAAAUUAUAUUAGAUUGGUAUCAAAAAGAUACUGCAUCAGGCAGAUUUAUAAAUUAUUAUUCAAAUCAUCCUAGAAAUCAAAAAUUUAACACAAUUAUAUCCAUGAAAAAUCGAGUGACGACAAUUUGUGAUCGAAGAUUCUUAGAUGUCAAUCUGAAUAAACUUUUUGAGAUGUUUUUAAACAAUGGCUACCCAAAACACAUUUUAAAAAAACUCAUUUACAACACUAACUCCUGUGAUAGAGCUUUGAUAAAUAAUCCUCAACCAGUUAUUUACAAAAAAAUACCUUACGUAAAAAAUUUAACAGACCAAAUUGUCCCACUUUUUAAACCAUUUCCAAACAUCAAAUUAGUCAAGUACAAUCCACUUCUAAAUUCAAAGUUGUUCUCGAAAACUAAAGCUAAUACUCCAAAGGGAUUAAUGAGCAACAUAAUUUACAAAAAGCAAGAUACAAGCCCUAGAAAUGAAGUAUUUACGAAGAGUUAGAGGAGUGACAAUGAGAGACAGAAUAAGAAGCACAGAUAUACGCACAGAUCUUAAGACGAAAUCUGUACUUGAGUAUGUUGAAGAAAAACAACUAAGUUGGUGGGGACACAUGAAAAGAAUGAAAGACAACAUACCGGUGAAGAAAAUAUGGGAAGCCAGGAUACAAAAGAAAAGAAGUAGAGGAAGACCUAGAGAAGAUUGGGAUACAGUAGUCGCUAAAAUCAUCCAAAGGAAGGGGAAAACAAUAGCAGAAGCAAGCCGAUUAGCAUACAAUAAGAAACAAUGGUCAACAUUUGUACACACGUGAAAGGAUGUGCCAGUCCCGACACUGAAAAGUAAAAGGGACUCAAAAGACUAUAUAUAUAUAUAUAUAUAUAUAUAUAUAUAUAUAUAUAUAUAUAUAUA